CUCAGGGAGGUUAGGUCGGGCCGCGUUCCUCGCGAACGCUCGGUGCUCCGGAACACCGCGACGAUUGACGCGGACGGCAACGGUUACGCCUCGGGAUCGCGAUCACAGUGGCAUCGCGCCACGCCUCGUUGCGCGAGCUCCUCGCGCUCGCUGGCGAGCGUCGAUCGUGCCCCGAUUGCUCAUCAGCCCGCCGAGUGAGGGUGACGAGUCUCUCGCUCCGCUCAUCCCCGUGCGUCGGUCUCUGUAUCUCCCUCUCUUUCAUCCCUCAUCCCUCCAGCGUCGUGGACGAGCGCGUAGUAGCGUCAUCGGGUAGUGUCAUCGCCCGGCUCCUAUCGUCGCGGUGAUCGCAGCCGUCCAUACAUCGUCAACGUGCCAGUCAUCGGCCAGCACGCAGUCACGAAGAGACGAGGAUAAGCCAGCACCGGCCUAGUGACCUGACCUUGGAUCGGCCCGACCAGAACUCCGUGUCCUCGGCGUCGCCAUGUGCGGAUUCUGAACUUCCGUCUUCGAUGCGAGGACUCUCGACGAUAGAUGUGGCACGGAAAGGAACUGCGACAAUGUGAACGUAAAAGCGUACGCCAAUGCCCAACAAGGCCCGGCCUCAUCAAGAGUGGUCUCCUCAAUCCCCCAUAGAUGUCUUGUGGAUGCCUCGCUCCGCCAUGAGGCCGGCCGAGGGUGACGCGUCGGAUUGCAUUCUGGUGGUCGGCGUGUCCCGGCCGAAGGUGGCCGCCGCUUUCUUGUCGGUCGCCUUGCUGUCCCUCUUCCUCACCUUCCACAUACUUUACGAUAGCGCCGUUUACAGCCUCCACGCCGUCUCCGCCGUCGAGGGACGCACCGUCGAGCUAGUCUCUCAGGUACGCGCGACGCCGCCCCUCCUCUUCACCAACAAGGUUCACUUCCCGCGCACGAAUCGCCAUCUACCCCAGGCGAUCAUAAUCGGCGUACGCAAAUGCGGCACACGGGCGUUGCUGGAGAUGCUGUUCCUGCACCCGCAGAUACAGAAGGCGGCCGGCGAGGUGCACUUCUUCGACCGUGACGACAACUACGGCAAGGGCCUGGAGUGGUACCGGCGGAAGAUGCCGUACUCGUUCAAGGGCCAGAUCACCAUCGAGAAGAGUCCCAGCUACUUCGUGACGCCCGAGGUGCCGGAGCGGAUCCGCGCGAUGAACGGCAGCGUCAAGUUGCUGCUGAUUGUGCGCGAGCCGGUAACCAGGGCGAUCUCGGAUUACACUCAGCUGCGUACGCACGCGGCGACCGCGUCCACGUUAACCAACGGCACGCCGCAACAACAACAGCAGCAACAGCAACAACAGCAGCAAGUUGCCCGCAGUUUCGAGGAACUUGUGAUGCGACCCGACGGCACUAUCAACGAGUCUUACAGGCCGGUCGCCAUCUCCCUCUAUCACACCUACAUGCACCGCUGGCUGGAGGUGUUCUCCAGAGAGCAGAUCCUCAUAGUGAACGGCGAUCAGCUGAUAGAGGACCCGGUGCCGCAGCUGCGCCGCAUCGAGAACUUCCUCGGGCUCGAGCCGCGCAUCGGCAGGCACAACUUCUACUUCAAUCACACCAAGGGCUUCUACUGUCUGCGGAACGAGACAUCGGAGAAGUGUCUGAGGGAGAGCAAGGGCAGGCGUCACCCGCGCGUCAGCCCGAUGGUCGUCACGAAGCUGAGGAAGUUCUUCAACGAGCACAAUCAACGCUUCUACGAACUCGUCGGCGAGGAUCUCGGCUGGCCGGAGGAAUAACCAUCGUGGUGAGUCCCGACCCGAGUCGCGCCUGCAUCCGGAGGCGAUCCCGCGCGAUCUCCGCGCUCGGAUGUUCUCUCGUCAGCGCGGAAAUGCGCGCCACUGGGAUCAGACACCAGCAGCGCGGGCACGGAAGUGUGUUCCGUCGCCGACGUGGGAGUUCCGCGGGGCAGCAUCUCGCGUACAAACAGCGGCGUCUGACCUGUCCGCGGACACCGGCGAGGAUAAGUACCUCUUCUAUCAUAGAUUGUCGAUUUAUUUACUCUCGACGGCGUCGGCCGACAGGAGAGCUGUAACGGGCCGACGUUUUUCAACACACACUCGCCCGAAAUGCAACGUCGGCGCGCCGUUGGGCGGCCGGAUGCGCGCGAGACCACAGCGUCUCGUUAUCGAAUUAUUAUCAAACGUGUUAGCGUACGCAAAAAAAAACAAAAAAAAAAGUAUACAAGACACGCACAUACAUCACACACACGUACACACGUACACACACGCAUACAAGUUACAGUAACGCCGGCCAAAAUAAGGUGGAGGCGCGGAUCCGCGAAGCGACCGCCGUUCGUCUCGCCGACCCGCGCGUAUCCACGCGGAUCACGUGUUGGUCCGUGACUUUACAUAUCAAUUUUACAUAUCGAUAGUUUACAUAUCAAUAGGUUAACUAGUUGGUACGACAAAGAUUGAAUAUUUUUAUAAUCCACAUUGGAAGUUGUUAUAUCGCUUACGUCGUUAAGGGUAUAUUACGUAUAAUGCGCGGGAGGGAGGCACACACUCCUUCGCGCGAUAUCACAGAAGAUCGCGGGUUUUAUUUAACGCGCCUCUCUCGCGCACGCACGACUCAUGUCCCGCCAUACAAAGAACACGCGGAGUGUAGAAUGCCGAUUCCGUGUCUCCUGCUGAAGGAAAGGUGGAGAAGAAAGGCUGAAAUUUGUGCGCGACUCUUCAGUUUGCUCUCAUCCGCCCUCGAAGCUUGCUUCUUCGUCCGAGGUUGUUCCCUCUUCAUCCCGCAUAGAAGAGAGAAAAGAAGGGGGAAGAGCACGAACGCUCCUCUCCAUCGUUCUCUGACACUGGAUAUCGGCGCAAGCGUUCCUCUGGGAACACGAAGAGAGAAGUAGGGUGGAAUCCGACCAACCGCGAAUAAACUCGUCAGCGGUAGCAUAGGACGGAACGGCUCGCCGCGGCUUUAUUGUAGAAACGUUAUAAUCGAUUAUUUUCUAAAUCUCGGCGUAGAAAGGGCUCGGACGGGGUUACGCUUUUAUAUAUAAAUUCUAGCGAGAGGGGGGAAGGGAGAGAGAGAGAGAGAGAGAGAGAGAAAAUUCAGGGUGAAACGCGCCAUGGUACUCGGCGCUGCGCGCGCAGGGGAAGGCGCGAGAGCGACGAACGCGACAACGUGAGCGCGUUUAAAGAUUCAUCGCGGUUGCACGGUACGUGUUCUCCUAGGUUAUUGAAAGAGUUGUUAAUUAUUGCGCGGCCGAUUAAUAAUUCGACGAGCACGACGUCGACGACGACGGAGGCGACGAGCGUCGCGCGGUGGGAGUUAAUUAACGCUCCUUCAGUUCGCGCUCGUCGAGGAUUCCCCGACCGAGCUGCGAAUCGCGUGCUGGAAAUCGCGCGCGCUCGUUAUCGACGCGACAAUUGUGUCGCUAUUUUCCGCCGUUUUUUCUCGAUCUCGGCUCGAGAAUUUCACGUGGACACGCGGGCCGCGACGAGGUGUCCACCGCAGCAGUAGGGGGAUGUGUUAUGACGUGGACACGUCCACACAGCUGGGAACGCCACAGAGGAAGAAAAGGAGAUUAAAGGGACGACGAGAGCCGUGCGCGACGGCGAGUAUUUCUUCUCCUCUCGCGAGCAUCCGGCGUAAGCCAUAAAUAAUCCGCUUUACGGCGCAAGUGAGUCGUGCAUGCGCGGCAAAGUGCAGUCCGCGCCGGUGCGCUGCGCGUUUAUUCCCGCGCGAUAAAUACCGGCUCGGCCGGGCUCCGUUUCAUCGGCGCCCGAAGACGCCCGUGAAACGGAGCGACGGCGAUUCCUAGGCGGCCGGGGUGCGUCAAUGCCUCUUCUGCGGCACGCGGGCCGCGGUAAAUCUCCAGGGGACGAGUUCGAUAUCUCUGGAAUUGCGAGUAGGGCCGAGUGCCUUGGACUCGACGAAAGUUCAAGAUACAAGAGAAAAUACAAGGGACACGAAAGGAAGGUUCUCGAGAGGGACAGGAUUGUUCUUGCUUUUUCUGGACUCGGGGGGGUGCAGACUCGCGCCUUCUCCCCGUUCUCACUCUGCGGUUUUUGUUUCGCGGGCUAAUCGAAAGAGCGCCGUUAAUUGCGACGCUGCAAUUUGCUCAACCGCCGCGCGCUUUCGCGGUUUCGCUCGGCCGAUCACCGGUCGAGAAGUUAAGCCGAGGGUAGGUCUCGGCGAGACGAUAAUUUCAAGUCCGCGAGCGAUCCCAGGCCCUCAAAGAGGCUCGCAGUGUCGCGCGACUGCGUCGUUCAUCCUCCUUGCCGUGCAUACGCUUUGAUCUCACCUUCUAUGCUCUCGAGGACUCGGUUGCGCGUUCGCCUAAGUUGCCAUUUCCCCGUGCAUGCCUCGAUUCCCCGCAAGAUACCUCGCGGUGUGUACUGUUUGCAGCGCGUUCGGCACGUAAGUCCCUCGCGGCUUAACCCUUCAGUAGGCGUGUGCGCUUCUUACCCCACUUCAGGCGCGUCUGGUCUACCACGGUAGAUGUGUACUCUGCCAAAUGUAUAUGCUCUUCGAAAAUACGUACUAAUACGAACAAUAGACUAUGUGCGCUUCAAGAAACGCGAUGUAUCUUUCACUAUGUUUGUACAUAGUGCGUAUAUACUGUGUAUGUACAUAGUAGUGAUACGUAGCUUUCGAAUUAGAUCGCGCCUAACGAGAGGUUGAUACCGAAGCAAAACAGAUUCCAUCUUUCCUCCACGAUCCACACCUUCGAGCGCUUUCGAAUCGCGACGCGAGUGAGAAAUUACAUUUGCAAAUGAAUUGCCGAUUACGCAAUGUGUAGAGAGAAAGAGAGAGAGAGAGAGAGAGAGAGAGAGAGAGAGAGAGAGAGAAAAGGGAAGGGGGUUAUCUAGUGACACUAGUGAAAUAAAAUUGUUCGACGGUGCCAUAAUUUGCUUGGUACUGCGUCCUUCAUGGAUUCGGUUUUGACGUCUCAUGAACACAUAUUCACUUCUUCAGCAGACUUCUUCAGCAGAAGAAUGACCUGAGACUCGGCCGUUCCCGAAUUCUUACUUAAUAAAAAUAAAAGCAUUUGAUUAACCUCACAACACAUUGAUUUUGCUUCGGAAUUGGUAUCAAUGCGUGCUCCAUUCUCAAUCAGCAUCUUUCAGCGGGAGAUCGAGUCAUUCGCGUAUUUUAAUAUGUUCUUUUUCGCUCGUCAUUUGUUUCAUAACGUCUGCAUGAGUCACUCGAUACGUCUUCUUUUUCAUCAGCAAAUUUAAAGGAUGUAAUUAUACUUCCACGUUUAAUCUCGUUUACGUUGCCUUAUUAACUACUGGAAUAUCAGUAAUUUUUAUUGAUCUUCGAUAUUUUAACGAUACUUUCUUGGUUGAUUUGAGUAAACGUUCUUUAACAUUAAGCUCAAAUAAGUCACUGCUGUCUUAUAGUAUGAUAAUUGAAUGUGACGAUAAUUUUCUAUCAAAGAAGUUUUUCAUUGUACGAAUGAGUAGUCGAUGAUAUAGUCCACGCACAUCUUUUAUAGUCUCAGGUCGUUCCGUUCCUGAAGAAGUAAACUGGAAUGUUCAAACGUUGAAAACAAAUCCAUGACGGACGCGAAAGCCAGACCAAGUAUUUCCACACCGCGGAAAUAUAAAAGUAUCGCCAUAACUUACGUAUAACGUAAGUUACGUUGCAUGACUUAUUUCGCUUCGUUUAUUAUUUUUCCUUUCUUUAAUUUCUUGUUGCAUUUUCUCCUUUCCUCUAAGAGGCUUAGCUUGUUUAAUAAAAAUGAAAUCUUUUCUAUGUAAUCUGCGAGCAGUAGAAUAAAUUCGCGAAUUGUCAAAAUAUCGUCAAUAAACGAUCUUGGCGAUGAAGAAACGAAAAAAAUGAAUAUAAAAAACGGAAUAGCGUCUCUCACUGAUUGUUUAUUCAAUCAGAGCAUUCAAUAUACGCCUUUUUAUUUGAGGAAAAUUAAUCUCGCGAAAGUCAGGUCAGACCUUCGACUUACGUGGGGUAUUGUAUAGUUACUACCUCUUUCACACGUCAAACGAGUCCGUCACGUACGUUACAUUGUCGAACAAUUUUGUUCUCCCGCUAAGAUUGAAAUUAUCGCGCCCAACGCGACCGCUCUUAUUAACCUAUCACUCCUACUGGCGGUUUUCCAUCGAUUGACGUCCUGCGACCGGCGACCCUCCCUCGUUAUCCCGCGGACGAAUGUCGGAUUUCACCUUGAAUCGUGACGGUGCGAGUUUUAUUCGACUCACGCGUGACACGCGAUCAUCCUUCCCGGCUUCAUUUGAGCGCACGCAAAAACGCACCGUUUUGAUAUUCCAUCUCACGAACGACCGAAGAGACCGCGUUACGGCCCCUCCCCGACCUCCGCAGCCAAUUAAGGAACCUUGUAGAGCUUCUUCGCGAGAGUCACGCCACGGCCUGAUAAGCUGGAGAAGCGCAGCUGGCCACGUUAAGUCCCUCGCACACUCGGUUACUCGCUUGUUCAAACAGCGGAACAUUCCUCGACGUACUCUGCAUUCCAGCGAACAACUCCCGUGCAUUUUUCCAUCCGCAAUCGCGCUCUGACCUCCUCCGAGCCGUAAUUAAUCGUGUAUUUUCAGGGACGAGCGUCACUAAUCGCCGAGCUUUUUCCAGAGAGAAUUCGUGGACGGACGGCUGUGCGUUCUCGAUUAUAAUAAUCAACAAAACGGGAGAUCCGAGAGAGAGAGAGAGAGAGAGAGAGAGAGAAAAGAGAGA